AUGUUUAAAAGAAAACCUUUAUUAAGUAAAUGGAAGAUGGAGUUCAGGCGAGCGCAAGCUGCUUGCAUUCCAGCAAUUCACCUGCACAUGACUGCAGCCACCAUGCAAGUCAGCCAGACAGACUUUGAAAAAGCUCAGGAACAACUGAAGCUUUUGAAAAAGGAUCCUGGGAAUGAAACUAAGUUGAAGCUCUAUGCUUUGUUUAAACAGGCUACUGAAGGUCCCUGCAAUUCUCCAAAACCAGGUAUGCUGGACUUUGUCAAGAAAGCCAAGUGGGAUGCAUGGAAUUCUCUUGGCAAUUUGUCUCAGGAUAAUGCCAGACAGAAAUAUACUGAACUCGUCUCAAGUCUGGUCUCUGCAGAAUCUGCUGGCCAGAAGAAAGAUGCUUCUCCAGAAGAGAGCAGACAUGAUGGCUAUGAAACAAUAUUAGUUACCACCAAAAACAAUAUCACAAAGAUAACGUUUAACCGACCUGAUAGGAAAAAUGCCAUCAACCAUAAGAUGUACAGAGAAAUUAUCAAAGCGCUUGAAGAAGCUGGCAAGGAUGAUUCUACCAUAGCAGUUAUUACUGGAAAUGGAGACUACUAUAGUAGUGGAAAUGAUCUGAAUAAUUUUACUAAUAUCCAACCCGGUGAAAUGGAGAAGAUGGCAAAAGAUGGAGCAGUAUUACUCAAAGAGUUCGUGGGUCAUUUUAUUGAUUUUCCUAAGCCACUGAUUGCAGUGGUGAAUGGCCCAGCUAUUGGAAUCUGCGUAACAGUCCUUGGAUUGUGUGACAUUGUCUAUGCUUCUGACAGAGCUACAUUUCACAGCCCAUUUAGUCAACUUGGACAGAGCCCAGAAGGAUGUUCCUCUUACCUGUUUCCAAAAAUCAUGGGCUUAGCUAAGGCAAAUGAGAUUUUGCUUUUCAAUAAAAAGCUGACUGCAGCAGAAGCCUGUGCCCAGGGACUUGUGACUGAAGUCUUCCCCGACAGCACUUUUCAGAAGGAAGUUUGGGCAAGAUUAGAAGCUUAUGCAAGCCUCCCCAAAAAUUCCUUGGCAGUGUCAAAGCAACUGUUACGAAGUAUGGAAAAGGAGAAGCUCCAUGAAGUCAACAGUAGAGAGUGUGAAGUCCUGAAGGAGAGGUGGUUAUCUGAUGAAUGUGUAAAUGCUAUUGUCAGCUUCUUUCAGAAGAAAUCAAAACUCUGAUCUUCACCAGUAGAAUAAUUCACCUUCUGGCAAUAGCUUAAGCUGCCCUUAUCGUUAAACUUUUCUCUUCAAAUAAUAAUUCUUACACCUUUUGAUGUGGUGUAUUUCUGUUCUGAGUACUGGGUUAAAACUGGUUCAUAAAAUUAAUACAAUGGUAUGUGCCUUGGAUGCAUUAUGGAUAUUUAGGUUGGGGGGAAAAAAGGUUCAUUACUCUGUAGGCAGCAGUGAUGUUUCUGAAUAAGGCUAAAGCAGAUUGUCUUCCAAAAGAAGCAACAGAUUCAAUAGCACCAUAUUUUGGUAGCUCUUCAAUAAAUGUCUUAUGAGUGAUUCUUUUUAUUCAUCUGUGGGGAAGGAAACACUGUAUUAAUGAAAAAAUAAAUAGAAGUAUUUAAUU